AGGGAUUCUACCAUCUGUUCUAGCAGUUCACUUGUGUGUGUCCGGCCCCCCUAGGAAAGCUGGGGAUUACAGGUUGUGUGGGGCUCAGUCAAGCAACCACAGAGGGAAGUGGUGAAGCCGUCUGAGGCCUGUGCCUGGUCCUCAGGACUUGGAAGUCUCUGCCUGUCACCAGGAGGCGUGCCCCAGCCCUGCUAAGCCAUCUCCACUCUUCUCAGACAGGAUGAAUGCCCUCGAUGGUGUCCCCUUCAAGGUCCCCAGUGGCUUUGUGACAGACACAGAGCCUGUCCCUGGGCCAGAGCUCAGUGUCCCAGACUGCAGGGAGCUCCUGCUGGGUUCUAUGCAUAACUUCAGCCUGGAAAGGAAGGUCCUCUUUUGGGUGGAAGCCAUCAUCCCAGGACCCUGCCCGCCCCAGCAUGAGGACCCAGGGACAGCAUCGGCACCUCCGGCCUGGCUCUUGCUGUUGAGCCCGGAAUACCUGCUGGAGCCUGCACCUGCUGCCGGCCAAAGCCAGGAGUGGCCGGAAGUGGAGGAGGAGGAAGAGGUGAAGGAAGAGAAUGAAGAAGAGCUCUCCUCCGGCAGUGAGGAGGAUCCAGGUCCACACGACCCUCACCAGGAUUCGGUGGGCGUGCUGUGCAGCAUGUGCUUGGAGCCGGCAGCAGGUAUCUGCAGGCGGCUCUCGGAGGGCAGGCUAGCAGCCCGGCCCAGCACAUCACUGCCCCGUCCCCGUGGCCACCGUGCUCUGAGCCUCUGCUGCUCGAGCCCCUUGCCACCCCGACCCUCCACGGCCGGCGCUGUGCCUCCGCUGCGCAGCCACAAGCCCACAGCCGCGUCUCUCAGCCCAUACACCUGUCUGCCACCUCUUGGGGGGGCACCACAGCCUCUCCACCACCACAGGUCACAACCCGAUUCUACGGCUGAUCUGCUGUCCGCCCUGAGCCAGGAGGAGCAAGACCUCAUUGGGCCAGUGGUCGCCCUGGGAUACCCCCUGGGACGGGCCAUCGUGGCUCUGCAGAAGACUGGGAGGCAGAGCCUGAGCCAGUUUCUCAGCUACCUCAGCGCCUGUGACCGGCUGCUGCGCCAGGGCUACGAGGAGGGCCUGGUGGAGGAGGCCAUGGAGAUGUUCCAGUUCUCAGAGAGCCAGGCGGGGGAGUUCCUGCGCCUUUGGGAGCAGUUCAGCGACAUGGGCUUCCAGCAUGACCGCAUAAAGGAGGUGCUGCUGGUCCACGGCAACCAUCGGGAGCAAGCUCUAGAGGAGCUGGUGGCUUGUGCCCCGUGACUGCGCCAACCUGCUUGCCUGGAACUGCUGAGGCCCCUGUAAUGAGGCUAACCCAACUGAGUUAUCCAAGUCAAGCUGGACUAACAAAGCAACUGACAACACAAAACCAACUGAGAGAGCGGGGCCCAGCUGUGAACCACCAUCUUCUCCACAAGCCUUGUCAAAAGCACCUGCAUCUGUCCCCUUCAGCUGUGUGAGGCAGUAACCUUGAUCUUCAGGAAAUGAAAACAAAUAAAUGACAAGAUGCUCUCCCGAGUCCUGCUGUGGAAAGCUCACGUUCACUGUGGAGGCCUGGCG